AUGUCUUUCCUCGUGAAACUCGGUCUAAUAUUCUCUAUAUUCACGACCUGGGCAUCAUGCUUCAGCAAGUUCUUGCGGCCCCCAGAGCGGGACCCAGAUCAAGCAGUUGACCAGGACAUGACCAAGAACAACCAUUACGAGGACGGAGAAAUGAUCCCGAUCCUAUACAACACCAACAUUAAAAAGGUUGACCUCUACAUAUGGCAAUUCAUUGACGCUGAAAAGAACACAACCGCUCGUUUAGAAAACGAUGGUACAUCUGAUUCUACCGGCUGGAAGGCCCAGUAUGAUAUUUCCAACGCGACCGAGAACAAUGAAGAUUGCAUCUAUUGGUUUUCUUUAAUGGACAGCAAAUAUGGCGGGUUACUAGCAAAGUCCCAAUACGUGAACGUCAGCGCGCCGAAAGCCGAGGAGACCACGACGGAUUCGUCCGCGAGCAGAGAUACAAGUUCUGCAUUUGAGCCUAGUUCUAAAUCUGGAUUGUCUGGUAGUGAAAUUGCCGGCGUAGCAGUCGGCGCCACAGUUGGAGGUCUGCUGAUUCUUGGGGCUAUGGGAUGGAUGGUUUGGAGAAGACGGGCGAGAAGGAAAGACGAUGCAGUGCUGGCAGAACUUCCUGGAAAUUAUGAGCAGGACCAGCCUCACUCUGAGAGACCGAAGAGUGAGCUACCUGCUGAGCCUGUGGUCUUUUCUCCAGAGCGUCCGAGGAGUCCUCCUAGAAUUUAUGAAGCACCAUGA